AUGGCAGACAAUGUUGAGAACUCCGCCGAGGCAGGCAACAAACAACUGAGUGAUAUUGCCUUCAUGGCUGAAUGCUUCAAGUAUCUCCAGGGACCCUUCAAUGUGGAUCUGCCUGCUGUCGCAGAGCAGUUAGGGUACAAGAACCCUGCAUCGGUUGGGAAUCGUCUACGCGCGAUCAAAAAGAAAUGGGGUAUUGGCGUCGCCGAGGGCGCGGAAACCGGCGCAGACACCACUUCACCAGCUACUACUCCCAAGACUCCUCGUAAGGGAGCCAAGGCGACCCGUGGGCCGAUCAAGGCCAAACCCGAAGUUGAGGGGGAAGAUUCGAAGGCGGGUGGAAGCCCCGCUAAACGUGGCAGAAAGCCCGCAGCAAAUGGUGGACAGAAGCGCAAAGCUUCCGAAACCAAUAAGGAAAACGAGGAGCCAAAGACUGAGAACGAUGCAGCUGCUCCCGAAACUACAAAGGAAACUGAGGAAGAAGCUGCGUAA